AUGCAGCAGACACACCUCCAAGUGAAUGAAUCUGUGCAAUCUGGAGAACAUGACUUGGUCACAUACUCGGAUGGUGGCCAAGAUGGCUACGCAGCGGCAGGAUCUGCAGGACGCGUAGUGAUGCCAGAUCCUGCCCGGCUCAGUCAGGUGCCUUGGGACCUACGCGUCAAGAUAGCAUCCAUCACCGGUAACUACAUGCGAAACGCGUCCAAAGGUCACCACGUCGCGUCAGCCAAGUCUCCACCCGAGAAUAAGGCCACGCAGAAGAAAAUUACGGAGCAAUGGCGGCGUCGAGGUCGGAUGCUUUAUAUCGAAUCCGAAGACCUGUGGCUUUUCGCGGAGUUGACUGACGAAUCAGCGGACGCGUACCUGGGACGUGGAUCCUCGCCAGAACCUUCUACAUCUGCCAACGGAAGUGAAGAGCAAGGCUUGAGUAACGGUCGUUACAGACAGGAAUGGCGUCGAGGUGUAAUCUUAGACAUUCAUCCGAUUGAUCUGCCUAUGCUGGCAUUCCUACUUGACGAGCAGGUGGACGUCUUUGUUGGAUAUGGAGCUGCAUCUGUUCCACAUGCCUUCGAUUCUGGGGUUGCAGAACAAGGGUCUCGGGACGAAAAAAGCAGUGACCCCAUGCUACGAACGCACUCACAUCGUCGGAUGGCGGCCACUGGCUAUCCUACCUCGAACGACGGCCACGCUAAUCCAAUAUCUAUCGAUCGUGGAACUCUGCACAGGCCAUCCGGACCUCAUGAUCUGGGUGGAGAACACGUUUCUACGGGGCUUUCGCGGCUUCGCAGCUGGGUUACGGAUGUUGAUCUUGGAUCCGCUCCUGGUAUCGUAGACCUUACCGACGAAAUGGACAUAUUCACGGAUGAUGACACCCUCCGCGAGCCGCGUGUCUCAGAUGCGGAAACAAAUGGAACGCUCGUGGCCAAAGAAAAUGAUCGACGUGAACUCACUCACAAGGAUGAAGAUCUUCCCAAGCAUAGGCGUGUUAGCCAGAAGAUGAUGAACAUGCUGAAGAGAGUAGCAAGCAUCCGUGAGCUCGCUGUGCGCCUGUACGCGAUCCGCACUGACUCUUUGAGCGCGUUAUUCUCACUGUAG